AUGAAAACACUCUUCCACCCUGCUAUGAAACCACUCUUCCACCCUGCUAUGAAAACACUCUUCCACCCUGCCAUGAAACCACUCUUCCACCCUGCCAUGAAACCACUCUUCCACCCUGCUAUGAAACCACUCUUCCACCCUGCUAUGAAACCACUCUUCCACCCUGCUAUGAAAACACUCUUCCACCCUGCUAUGAAACCACUCUUCCACCCUGCUAUGAAACCACUCUUCCACCCUGCUAUGAAACCACUCUUCCACCCUGCUAUGAAACCACUCUUCCACCCUGCUAUGAAACCACUCUUCCACCCUGCUAUGAAACCACUCUUCCACCCUGCUAUGAAAACACUCUUCCACCCUGCUAUGAAACCACUCUUCCACCCUGCUAUGAAAACACUCUUCCCACCCUGCUAUGAAACAACUCUUCCACCCUGCUAUGAAACCACUCUUCCACCCUGCUAUGAAACCACUCUUCCACCCUGCCAUGAAACCACUCUUCCACCCUGCUAUGAAAACACUCUUCCACCCUGCUAUGAAACCACUCUUCCACCCUGCUAUGAAACCACUCUUCCACCCUGCUAUGAAACCACUCUUCCACCCUGCUAUGAAACCUGGUCAGAUCAUGUCGUCAGUCAGAGUUUAAGUGCAACACAGUUCUCCAGUCCCAAUGCAGUUGCAUCCUUUUUAAUUUCUGUUGAUAACUACCGGUACAUGCUCUGGUUAAGGUACAUGCUCUGGUUAAGGUACAUGCUCUGGUUAAGGUACAUGCUCUGGUUAAGGUACAUGCUCUGGUUAAGGUACAUGCUCUGGUUAAGGUACAUGCUCUGGUUAAGGUACAUGCUCUGGUUAAGGUACAUGCUCUGGUUAAGGUACAUGCUCUGGUUAAGGUACAUGCUCUGGUUAAGGUACAUGCUCUGGUUAAGUUCACACUGUCACAAGAGUCCCAAGCUGUUGCAUUUAUCAGUAGUCGACUGUAUUAUGUCAUGGUAAAACACCUUAGCGGAAGAUAAAUCACCCUAACACAAUGAUGAGUGACUGUACUCCUGUGAAACCUGAUGAUGAGUGACUGUUCUCCUGUGAAACCCAACGAUGAAGGACUGUUCUCCUGUGAAACCUAAUGAUGAUGGACUGUCCUCCUGUGAAACCUAAUGAUGAUGGACUGUCCUCCUGUGAAACCUAAUGAUGAUUGACUGUACUCAGCCCAUUAUCAGCCUGAAAACGUUAUCCUGACACAUUUGUGCAAAAAGGUCAAAUGUCACAGUAGCUGACAUUUUCCUCAAUACAUUGCAGUCAAUGGGAAAAGAUGAGUGUCACAGGGUUGAUGCCUAAGUGAAUACAUUGCAUUCAAUGGGGGAAGAUUAGCAUCACAAUAUGGAAUCAUAUAGAAAGGCAUCACAGACAUGACACCCUCCUCUCUCUCUCCCCCCUCAAUCCUUCACCCUCUUCCUCGCUCUCUCCUCUCUUUCUCUCUCCCUCCUCCCACCUCCAUUCUAUCUCCCUCCUUCUUUCCCCCCUCCCUCUAAUCUAUUUAUCUCCCUCCUCCCCCUCCCUCCUCUCCCUCCCUCCUCUCUCUCUCUCCUCUCUCCCUCCUCCCUCUCCCUCCUCUCUCUCCCUCCUCUCUCUCCCUCCUCUCUCUCUCUCUCUCUCUCUCUCUCUCUCUCCUCUCUCUCUCCCUCCUCCACCUCUCUCUUCACUUUCUCACUUCCACAGACAGGAUAUUGACUCAUAG